GUCCGGCAACAUACACUUAAUAUAUUUUUUUUUAUUAUUUCUCAUAUGAGAGCACGAAGCCUUCGACUUACACACACACACACACAAGCACACAGAGACACACACACAUGUUUAUCGCAUUUGAAACUCGCCAUUAUAAAACACGAAACGGGAGCAGAGCAGCAAACGAUAUUAUUAUCCACCCAGCGGCGACGACAUCGAUACCAACACCAGCAAACAACAACACAACAUCGUAAAACAGGCGCGCGUGUUCGUAGUCGUCGUGGCAGCCCCAACACACACACACAAAAUACACUCACACACAUACAUAUAUACGAAGCUACAUUCGGCUUGAAGCAAACUCCACCGCCCAACAGCUCCCCCCGCUCUGGCGCUCUUUAGUUCGUGAUCGUGCUCUCGUUCUCGUCCGCCUCAACGUUCGUUUUGUACGCAGCCAACAGCAACAGCAGCAGCAGCAGCGACUUCGACUGCGACUGCGACCGCGACAGCAGUAGCAACAACCAUUCAGGGACAAAACACGGCGCACAGCGUCUGCGUCGACAUCCCUACGUUUCAGUUCUGAUUGGAGGUUCGUGCGCCGCCGUUGCUUGCACGCGGCGUUUUUGGCUUGCUUGAAAAUUAAAAAAUAAAAACAACAAAAAGUACAAAAGCAAAUAUUUAACAACAACAAAAAAAAACAGAAUAUAUUAAUUUCGUGUGCGGAACUUAAUGCAUAUUUACCAAAUACCUUAUAUACAGUGCAGUGUCUAUUUGCUGGAGUUGACAAAACGAACAACUCAAAAAAAACCUAAAAACUGAAAACAGUGCCUUGUUUAGAAUUUUGUGUAAAACUUUUCACUACAAAAACAACAAUAAACAAUACAAAACGGAUUACUAAACUAAAAGCAAACGCAACAUACAUUGUUAUUAACGUCAAAAUGUUCAAGCAUUGAGCUAGGACUUCAAGGAUAUUCGUAUUUAUUAUAAAUUUCAACUUUUUGACACGCACACACGUGUGACGCUUUUUAAAGUGCAUCUGACUAAAAAUAUAAACAAAACGGCUUCCAAAUGAAGAUGGCAUCUCAACGAUUUUGUCUGCGCUGGAACAAUCAUCAGAGCAAUUUAUUAUCUGUGUUUGAUCAGCUGCUGCAUGCCGAAACCUUUACAGAUGUGACGCUGGCCGUCGAAGGGCAAUACCUAAAGGCACACAAGAUGGUGCUAUCAGCCUGCAGUCCAUAUUUCAAUGCGCUGUUUGUAAAUCAUCCGGAAAAGCAUCCGAUAGUUAUAUUGAAGGAUGUGCCCUAUUCGGACAUGAAGUCGCUGCUUGACUUUAUGUAUCGCGGCGAGGUCUCUGUGGAUCAGGAGCGUCUGACAGCAUUUCUGCGCGUGGCCGAAAGUCUGCGCAUCAAAGGACUCACCGAAGUCAAUGAUGACAAGCCGGCGCCACCAAGCGCACCCGCACCACCACAACUGCAACGCAUCCAACCCUAUCUGGUGCCGCAACAGCGCAAGCAAGCCAAUGUCUUGCCCACAGCAGCGCUGCAGGCAGCGACGCAACCCUCGCUGCUCAGCUCAGCGCUGAUGCCCAAACGCAAGCGCGGCAGACCACGCAAACUGUCGGGCAGCUCCAAUGGCACAGGCAAUGACUACGAUGACUACGAGCGUGAUAAUCCAAUGAAUGAUUCGGAUAUGGGCAAUGGCAAACUGGGCAAUGAAUCAUAUUCGGGCAAUGAUGAUGGCUCCGAUGACAAUCAACACGAAUCUGGCAACAAUGAUGAUUUGAAUGAAAGUCGCGACUCGCUGCCCUCAAAGAGAUCAAAGAGCGGGAAAGAUCAGCGCAUGGCACAACAAGAUGACAACAGCACUUCCGCAACAACAACAACACAAGCUACGCCGGAAUUGUCGCAGCGUCUGUUUGGUGAGCAGCCUGAGCUGGAAGACGCUGAAGCCUUGAACUCCUUGCAUUUGCCCACUAUACUGGGACUCAGGAUACGCGCGAUUAAUCCCAACAAAAGUGCAAACACGCCAGCAACAGCAACAUCGCAAGCGAAGCCCAACAGCAACAUGUUGCUGAAGCAGCAGCUGCGUGUGGGCGCCAAGGAUCCUGAAGCCAAUUGCAGUCUUAGUCUAAUGCCAGUCAACACGCCAGAGAGUGCCAUGGAGUCCAGUGAGAGCAGCUGUCUGAAUCUACAGUCGCUUGCCAAUGCAGCUGAGCGUCAAGCGCAGCAGACACCCAACAACAAUAACAACAACAACAGCAGCAACAACUUGCAUCAGCAAUUGAUGUUGCACAUGGCUGCCAAUGCCGGCGACUAUUACCAGCAACAGCAGCAGCAGCAGCAACAGUCGCCCACAGGCGAAACGCCUUAUGUGGAUGACGACAUGGAGCUGUUGUGCAUGGACAAGUGCGAUGAGCAAGACCAAGAGUUUAUAUCGCUGGUCGAUCAGACAGCAGAGACGCAGGCAGAGCCAACUGGCGGCAAUUCGCCAGCAGCUGCUAGCUCCACGCCCAAACGACCAGUGCAGCGACGUCGCGUGCGACGCAAGGCGCAGUCUACGUCGGAUGAUCAGGCGGAGCACUUGACCGAGAUGUCUGUGCGUGGCUUGGAUCUGUUUCGUUAUGCCAGCGUCGUCGAGGGCGUCUAUCGCUGCACCGAGUGCGCCAAGGAGAAUAUGCAAAAGACCUUUAAGAACAAGUACAGUUUCCAGCGUCAUGCGUUUCUCUAUCACGAGGGCAAGCAUCGCAAGGUGUUCCCCUGUCCUGUGUGCUCCAAGGAGUUCUCGCGUCCCGACAAGAUGAAGAAUCAUUUGAAAAUGACGCAUGAGAGCUUUACGCCAGGCAAGGACAUGGGCUCCUUUAGUCCGCUGAAGUACUUAAUCUCCACAGCAGCCAGCAACGAGUUGCAGGCCUCGCUCUAUCAACAGCAGCAGCAGCAGCAACAACAGCAGCAGGAGCAGUAUCAGCGUCAACUGGAGGAUCAGCAGCUGCAACAACAACAACAGCAAUCAGCUUUUGAUUGCUCAGACAAUACGCUGCUGCUGCCGGAAGUUAAACAGGAGCAGGAGAGCGAGCUGGGCACAGCUGCAGCAGCUGCCAUGCUAAGCUUGCAUCAUGAUGUCAUCAUUAAGAAUGAGAUACAAAUCUCGCCAUCGCCGUCGCCUUCGCCAUCGCCACCCAGCAUCUGUGCCGUGGGCAAAGGCAAGAGCCUGCCGCUAACUACGGCCGCACAAACAGCAACGUAAAGACUUUACAAUUAGUUCGAGCACAAGCAAUGCAAUAACUCUGCAGCAACAUGAAACACUCAAGCAACAAUUAUAUAGUUAAUAAUUAGUUAAUAACACAGACUCUAACGCUAGUUUAAUUAAGCAAUAACUUUUACAAGAUUCCGUCCAUGAAAGCCUUACGUUUUACUCACUAGACAUAUACGUAUGUAUGUGUAAAACAUUUGUAGUAAUUAUUUAUGCAAUUAGCCUUAGUUUAAAAACGAGUAACUAGUAGCUAACUAGUGCAAAUCUUAGAAUACCGCAACUUACUGUCUGCUGUUUAAACAACAAAUUGAAUAGUUUAAGUAGCUGCAUAUACUAGUAAAAGCGAGUUCAAGCACUCGCUAAUCGUUAGUGCCACCCCAACGAGUAGGCAAAUGUCCAUGCAACUGAACUCGCUACAUUUUGU